AUGACGACAUCUUCCUGCGCCGGAUAUGUUUUGCCCCCAUCGAGCAGGAGCCCCUGAGUGCUGAUGUGUUACAAGAAAACCUCUCUGCGGGGAGACUUGUGAGCUUGUCUCUUGAUGCAGCAGUAAGUGAAUGACGGGUCACAGGUCGAUGUCCACGAAGACGAAGCGGAAGAGAUCAACAGCAGCGGGUCAGAGAGCCAAUGGCGCCCAAAGGGAAAGUUGGCACAAAGGGAAAGAAGCAGAUCUAUGAGGAGAACGGCGCGACUCUGAAGUUCUACACCAGAGUCAUCCUAGGAGCUAACGCAAUAUAUGCUGCGGUAAAUCUUUUGGUUUUCAACGGUUCCUCUACAUUUUCGACAUGGCUCCUGCUUAUGUUCGCACUAGCAGUGUACGUCGGGAGUUACCGCUCCAUGUCGGCGAUGGCCAAGGCGGCGUUUGCUGAGGACGGAAGUCUCCUGGACGGAGGAAUAGACCUCAACAUGGAGCAGGGAAUGGCAGAGCACCUGAAGGACGUCAUCCUGCUCACAGCCAUCGUACAAGUCCUCAGCACAAUCUCCUCUUAUUUCUGGUAUCUUUGGCUGCUGGCCCCGGCCCGAGCCCUCCACCUGCUGUGGGCGAACUUCCUGGGUCCCUGGUUUAUGGCAGAAAGCCCGUCGGCACCGGAGGAAGUGAAUGAGAAGAAGCAGAGAAGACAGGAGCGCAGACAGAUGAAGAGAUUCUGAUGCUGCAGGGCAGACGGAGCAGUAUUUUUAUACACAGAAUCUAAUAUACAGAUAGCGAGGAUCUCAUAAGUUAUUCAGGAAGAAAUUUGGUUAUUAAAUUAAACUCAAUCCAAAUCUGAUACUGUGGAAUCUGCAUUUCCAUGUUUGUUUGUUUUUUCUUCUUUCUCCCCUAAUCCAAUUUUCUCCCUAAGAUAUUAAAUGUGGUGUUCCCUAUUUAGAUAAUGUCACGGUCCAAAUCUCAUUCAUCCUCAUGCAGAGAUUUAAGAGUUUUUUUGCAUUUGCACAAUUCCUCCACACUGACCCCUGCAGAUUUCCAUCAAACGUUCCUUAACAUCCACAUAUGAAUGAUGAAAAUGAGUCAAGAAGCCAUGGCCAGCUGAAUAUAUUCUGCUUUAUCAUGGCAUGUCUUUUAUUUUCACUUAAUUUUUUAUUUUUUUAAAUCUCUCUAAUGUAAAAUAAUUUAUCCUCCAUGACAGAGCUGAUUUUGUUUGUGAGCUUGUUGGCCUUCUAAGAAUCAACUGGAAAGAAUUCAAGUUUUAAUAGACAAAAUAACUCUUUUUGCAAUAAAAAAAAUCCCUCCAGUGUGGGAUGUUGAUCAUCA